AACAUAAUGUUGUAAUUUUGCGGAAGGAGAAAUUGUCGCAGAGGACGUUUUUAUUUAUUUAUUAUUUUAAAAAGGUCUACGCGAGUAGAAAAGUGUGGUAGAUAGCGUAUUGUUAUAGCAAGAUUUGCAUUUAUUAGUUUUGGUUCAGCUGAGCGUCAAUUUCCUAUCAUUUGCAUGGUGUAAGCGAUGAAAGGAACAAUGACAUCGCUACAGAACAAUAUCUCCGAUUUAUUACAAUUAGCCAGAAAAUUUAACUGUUUCUACCUAUCAGGUCUACACCAUGGGCUAUACAAACCGUUCAUAGUAGCUGGACAUCAAGUAGGCUUGGUGCGGCCGGAUGUCACCAAGCAUUUGCAGCGGUUUCCAGAGGUAUUCAACAUAACAGGUAAAAGUGUGGAGCUGAACCCAGCCUUCAGAGAUUAUCAGGAAAGAUCGUCGAAAGUUGCAGAUGUGUUGGAGAGUUUGCGCAAGGAAAAUGAAAUUUGUGCCUUGAAAGGAUGGCGCAAUGAAUGUUUUGAAGUAAGCACUCCAUACCAAGAGAGCUUAAUGGAGAUGGAGCGAAGUGCCAUCUGCCUGUUUGGUAUACGGAACUACGGAGUGAGUGUCUCCGGCUAUGUCAACCACCCAACCAAGGGACUCUGCAUCUGGCUGCAACAACGGAGCUUCACUAAACAAACUUGGCCGGGCAAAUGGGACUGCUUUGUGAGCGGUGGUUUAGCAGUUGGCUAUGGAAUUCUGGAGACAACCAUCAAGGAGGCCGCUGAAGAGGCUUCUGUCCAAGGAGAUCUAGUCAAGAAGCUAGUGCCGGCUGGAUGUGUGAGCUUCUUCUUCGAAAGUGAAAGAGGUCUAUUCCCGAACACAGAGUAUGUGUACGACCUAGAACUACCGCUCGACUUCCUGCCAAAGAAUGCUGAUGGCGAGGUGGAGACUUUCGAGCUGCUGACGGCCUCGGAGUGCAUCCAGAGGGCCCUGACCCCCCAGUUCAAGACCACCAGUGCUCCGGUCCUACUGGACUUUUUGAUCAGAAAAGGCUACAUUAACCCUGAAAAUGAACCGAACUACCGACAACUGAUUGAGUUGCUCCACGUGCCCCUUCAAUCCGUGUACGGGUGGCCCUAUGCAGCCCCGGUCGCGGUCAACGGCGGCGGCGGGGAGAUACGCCACGCCAACUAAACCUUACCACAUUCUCUACACAACUAGAGGUGACAAUAGAAAAAUAAACGAACCAAAGUUGUCAUGCUAUCGGCACGUUAAGUGCUACGUGAUAGAUUCGUGGCUUCGUUUUCCUUAAACUUCUGAUUUGUGAGAGCUCGAGUCAUCUAGUUGUAUAAAGUGUCCCGAUUGCAUAACAGCUUUCGUUCGUUCGUUCUGUAGUGACCCCUCUCUCUACAAAGGUACGGUCAGCUUCAUAAGUAGCUAUAAUUCUUUCAGCCUUGAAAAAGUAAGUAACCGUCAAUAUCUAAAUGAUUGAAAUACAUGUUGAGUUUGACAAGGUACUGAUAGACACCGUAACAUCUUAUGAAGCUUACUGAACUAAUUUCGUCGAGAUAUUUAAAGUGCUAAAAUUAAGUUUUAUGUUUUAUUUAUGUAAAAUACUGUUGUGGCGUUUAGGUGUUCCUAUUAUUUUUAUCAUCAUGUUUUCAGUCUGCCUAAUUUAUGUCAGUGCUUUUUUGUUUUGAAAACUUAUUUUAAAUGUAAAAUACGUUAUAGUUAUGUGGGGUGAGAGCAACAUAAAUGAGAAAUAUAGAGACCAUAACCAAUAAACCACAUAAUCUAAUUAAAAUCUGAUAUCAAGUUUCCGGUGUUCCUCUUACCCCACAUGACCUUAAUGAUUAUAGCCGAGAAAUUACAUGUAUUUAAAUUAUACUCUUGUGUAGUUUGAAAUUAUGAAUUAAUAUUAUGAAUCUACUACUUAUGUACCUACAUACUCUUCUAUAUUAUGCGUAAUUAUUCGGCCUAGGUUGUUCGACGGUAGAUAGCUGAUAGAAUUUACAGGAUUCUCCCUGCUAGUUGAAGCUGGGUGGUUUAUCAAGGUUGUCAUGAUAAGACCCGUAUGCUUUAUUCAACUCACAUACAUUUCAGGAGAUAAAUUAAUGCAAGAAUUGUCUUAUUUGAUUAUGAAUAAAAUAUUCAUUAUUUAUACAACACCUAUCUUGUAAAUUUAUAGUGUGUGUUUUCCUUAUUUUGCCAAAUUUAUUGUACUGUACUGUGAACUCCAGUGGGAUAUUUUGUGUGUUUUUAUUCAAUGAGACCAGUGAAGUUUUCUGUAGCAUCUGGUUAAAUAAGACAAGAUUGUAGAUUAGCUAGGUAUUUUAAUUUCUGUGAUACUUUGCCAUUGUGGUAUAAGGUAUUAUUAUCAUUUAUUUAUUUUGUUUAGUUACUUAAUACAAUACCCCUUGAUUUAGAUUGCUGAUUUGUGUGUUAAUUAUUUACUUAUUCAUUAUAUUUUACGUAAAAUUGGUUUUGAUCCGUUAAUCUGACGAGUGAACUAUAGUAGCUGAUACGAACAUGGUUUUUAUGAGAAUAUACGUUAAUUUAUUAUUAAAAUAGCAAUAUUAUAUUCUGGUAGUGACCUAAAACGUGUGGUUAAAGUAGGAUUGCUAAGAUAUUUGUAUACUUUCAUCUAGUCACUGGCUGACUUAAGAUUUGAUGUUACAACAGAAUCAUAACAGCGAAAUAUGGCCUUAAACUAUGUAGGUUAUUCUUCAAUGUAAUAAUGAGACCACAUUCCGGGUUAUAUAUAGUUUAAACUAGACUUGUUUAGAUAACAGGAAGUGAGAUUAACUUGACUUUGAGUAAUGGGUAAGGAGCAACUGGCUUGACUUCAAAAUAAAGUCUUGUAUACUAUAAUGUAUGGUAUGGGCACACUGUUUACUUAAGUAAGGGAUGCAGUUAAAAUUACACAGGCAUGCUAGGUACCUGCUAGAAUAGAUUACACACAUCAUGCUUAUACAGGGUGUUGCCAUAAGGGUAUAGUUAGCCAAAAGGAGAUGACUCUGGGGGUCGUUCUGAACAAAUUUUGUUCUACAUAUUUUGAUAAUUCGAAAUAGUGUAGAACAUAAGUUUUUGAUCCCAUGGUUUUGAGUUAUGCAACAUCCUGUAUAAUAAUAUAUUUCAGUAUGUACUAAAUAUAGUACUUACUUAUUAGCGCUCUUUACAAUUAAUUCUUAAAACUCCACAGCUUUGAAGGUCUGGAUUUUCGAUAUGCAUUUGUUUUACGUUAUAUUCGAAUAGGUUUUGCUCAUUUCAGUGGGUUACAAAUACUUUUUGGUCUAGAAUGCCUAAUGUAGAAUCUAGUACAGGUAUCGUUAUGGCUUCAUACAU